AUGGAGAGCGAGGAGGGCUGCUGCGAAGAGGGACGUUACCACCCCACCCUUCAGGGGGACGAUAACGCAGCCGCUGGGAAGGCUGCCCCGAGCGGUACCUUUGACAUUGCGGUUAUUGGUGGUGGAAUUGUGGGUCUGGCGUCGGCCAGGGAGCUUAGCCUGCGGCAUCCGUCCCUUGUUUUUGCGGUACUCGAAAAGGAAAAGGAGUUAGCUCUUCAUCAAAGUGGGCAUAACAGUGGUGUUAUUCACAGCGGAAUCUACUAUAAACCUGGAUCCCUAAAAGCAAAGUUGUGUGUAGAAGGGGCUAUUCUCUGCUAUGAAUACUGUGACCAAAAAGGAAUCCCGUAUAAACAAUGUGGCAAGCUGAUUGUUGCAGUUGAACAUGAAGAAAUUCCAAGACUCAAGGCACUAUAUGAAAGGGGGAUACAGAAUAACGUACGGGGGCUGAAACUAAUCACUUCCAAAGAAAUACAGGCCAAGGAACCCUACUGUCGGGGGUUGAUGGCUCUGGAUUCCCCAUACACCGGCAUUGUGAACUACAGACAGGUGGCCCUGGCCUAUGCUGAAGAUUUUCAGGCAGCUGGAGGUACUGUGUUGACAGAGUUUGAGGUGGAAGAGAUGGAAAUGACAAAGGAAAGUGCUGACGGAAGUAAAGAAGGGAUGAAAUAUCCAAUUGUUGUUAGAAAUUCAAAGGGGAAGGAAGUCCGAUGCCGACAUCUUGUGUCCUGCGCAGGGCUUUACUCGGAUCGACUCUCUCAGAUCAGUGGUUGUCACCCAGAGCCCCGCAUUGUGCCUUUCCGGGGUGAUUAUUUGGUGCUGAAACCAGAGAAGUGCUAUUUAGUUAGAGGAAAUAUUUAUCCGGUACCUGAUCCCCGUUUCCCCUUUCUGGGCAUUCAUUUUACCCCACGGAUGGAUGGCAGUGUCUGGCUUGGGCCUAAUGCAGUCCUUGCAUUUAAACGAGAGGGCUACAAAUUUUAUGACUUCAGCAUCCAAGAUUUUAUGGAUGCAACUGCUUACAGUGGCUUAUGGAAACUAGUGCUGAAAAAUUUUUCAUAUGGGAUGGGAGAAAUGUACAGAGCAUGUUUUCUAAAUGCCCAGUUAAAGCAGCUGCAAAAAAUCAUCCCUGAAGUUACUAUCAAUGAUAUUCAGAGAGGGCCUGCUGGAGUCAGAGCUCAAGCCUUGGACAAUGAUGGGAACUUGAUUGAUGAUUUUGUGUUUGAUAGUGGUACUGGAGACAUUGCUGCCCGAAUACUCCAUGUCAGGAAUGCUCCUUCGCCUGCUGCUACUUCCUCCCUUGCCAUUGCAAAAAUGAUAGCCAAUGAGGUGGAGCAGAGAUUUGAAUUGUGACUGGGACAGUGGAGAUUUGAGCCUCUUUGCUCCUCUGUAGUUAGCUACUGUGACUGACAGUCAAAGAAAAGGGCUAUUUCUUGUUUGGAAACAGGUGGUUAGAAAAAGGAGUCACCUAUUAGUUUGCCAUACAAAAGCACCAAACUUCACCAUGAUCUGUAUCACAGCACUGAAACUGUGUAAAAAGAAACACAGGAAGGCUACACGGAUCCAUUGAAUAUCGUAUUAAUUUGUUAAGGGGAAAUGGUGUGUAUAUGUAAGACAGCAAUUAACAAACCAGAAUCUUCCUCCUCUUCCUUAAAAGAUUUGCUUCUGUGAACAAAGUUCUGUUUCCAAAUGGAGAAAUAAGGAGGAAACCAGGCCAACAGAGCCAUUUCUGUUUAGGUUUCUGUUUCUUACUUACACAAAAAUUCAAUGAUGCAUGGGCUAGCAUCAUUUUAAAACACGUGAGCAAGCAUGAGAUGUGAUCGAAUGACUUUUCUUAGAGUCAUCUGAAGAAAAUGGAGCCAAUAGACACCAGCUGUCCAUGGAUCAAUGCAUCCUAAGCAGUUUGUUCCCUUAUGUUCACGUCGGGUCAUUCCUUAGGCUGUACCAAUUGUCAGACUACGUGAGUGGUACCCUCUCUAGCAGAAGUUACAUUGUGAAAUUCCAGAAAAAGAUACCAGUUUGUCAAGUGUCUUUGGUCUCCAGUUUUCAUUUUUAGCAAAGGCUGACAAGAAUAAAAGCUGCUUCCAGCCAGAAG